GCCACGGAUUCCGGAUGCGGGGGAGAACUCUGCGACCUUGCAGGGGCUGAUCAGGGAGUUGGAGUGGAAGUGGUGGCAAAGAGUCGCCUUAGCGAAGCUCGAUUUCGACUGCGAGUACCGGAUAUCCUGUGCAAAAGUAUCGUACUCGUAUUGCAAUCAUGCAUUACAAAUCCUUUUGUUAAGGUAAAUCGGCAUUACAAAUUUUAUUUGUCAUGCUGAGGAAAUUUGUAAUGCAUUUAAGUAUACGAGUACGAUACUUUUGCACUUCAUACCGGAUUGAGCUGACUAAGUGCUUCGCCCUUGGAUUCCUGGCACCCGACACGCAACUCCCGUCUCCCGGGGUCGACACAGAUCGGUUGACGAAAUUGGGAAACCUGGGCGUCGGCCCGGCAAGCAGUUGUUAUGAUUUCGUGAAGAA